AUGAGGUGCGCGUCUGCGCAGAAGGCACUUCCCUCCGCGCAGACGCGCAGAAUUUCCCACGCACGGGGCCACGGUCACUGCGCGUUGCGAGCUCCCGGGCAAAAAAAAACCUAUAAUCUCUCAUUUCAUCAGAAGCGUCCGAAGCGACGCCACCCUUAUCUCAAUCAGUGUAUCUAUUACUUUGUUACCAGCAGAUUCGCAGUACUUCAUACAAUCAACAUGGCGCAAAGCCUCGACAUGUGUCGAAGAUUUGAAGAAAAACUAAAUGAAAUAAUUACCUCAGAACGACAACGUGGCAUAAAAGUCUUUUCGCCUCAAGAAUAUUUGGGUAUGGUAGAGGAGAUAAAGUCCAUCAAGCAAUCCCAGGUUAAAUCACUGGAAGACAUUAUUCGUCUGCGUUGCUAUGAUGUUAUUAACGUAGGAUCGCAAGAAAAGCUUUACAUGCCGAGUUUACCACCAGACCCUGUAAAAUACUAUGUCCAUACCCAAGAGAUCUUUAACAUCUUGUACAACAUACAUGCCAACACAGAUCAUGGCCAACUGGAAAAAAUGCAAGAAAUUGUAAGGCAAAGGUACAAUAACAUUAGCAAGAAGAUGAUCAUCGCUUUUUUAGAAUUGUGUGAUACAUGCAAACGGAAAAACAAUUCUGGAAAUCUUUUAAAGUUGGUUAUGAAAAACCACUUAGAGUCGAGGGGGCAAGUCGAUAUCGUUGAUAUGUCGCUCUUCAAAGACAAGUAUCACAGCUUUAUGCUCAUUUACCGAGAUCAAACUACGAAAUUUAUCCUCGUGCGCCCGCUUGUAAAUUUGAGUAUAGUAGAAAUGGCCUAUCAACUUGUGGAUAUUUUUGCGAUGUUCGGGGCCCCAAGCGUUCUUCAAAGCUCGGAAAACAGUUGCUUUCUUAAUAAGCUGGUUUUAGAGAUCAACCGUAUCUGGCCACACCUCACAAUUCUUCAUGGGCGCAUUAAGAACCCAUAUUUCGAAUUACAUUUGGACAUUGACUUUCAUAAGGAGAUUCAAGAGUUUAUAAAAUCUUGGUAUGAAGUGAAUCCCCGGGCGACGCUGGCUGAAGCAAUCCGCUUCGCUCAAAUGAUGAUUAACAGAAUGCAAUCGCAUCACCUCGCCUGCUCUCCAUUUGAAACUAUGUUCCGUAAGAGGAUGCAAUUCGGUCUGCCCCAGGUUCUGUGGGAGAGGAUACCGGAUGGAAUGAUAGCGGAAGAAGAUGUAAAAGAAUAUAUUCAUAGAAAUUGGGAAAAUGUC